AUGUUUGUAUUCACAUCUGGGCUUGAGAGUCAUGAGCCCUUAGCUUCGUUAUUCAAAAGUCAAGGAUGUGGACCUCAUACAAUGCAUGUAUCGCGGCAAACAAAAAAAAUAGCAAGAAACAAAUUCAAAGGUGCAAUAGGGAUGCCGAUAUGGUGCUUAGGGAGAAAGCGAAUUGCCCCCACGAGGCUUUCACAGCUUGGGCCUUCCAUCGUUUUAGACAUCAAAAAAGGAAAAACGAAGGAAGUUCUAGCUGCAUUGCUUGAUGAUAACAUCAAUGUGAAAGAUGAUUGUGGAGAUACGGCACUUCAUUUGAGCAUUGCUUUUCAUAAAUUCAAAAUUAGUGAUGAACUGUUGAAGGCGAGGGGUCUUGAUGUCAAUGCUGUCAACCUGAAGUCACAAACUCCGUUUAUGGUUGCAAUUCUACACAAGAAUACCGACGCCCUCAAUAAGCUUCUUAAGCGGCACGCGCAGGAACUCAAUCCAAGAAUCUGCGAUGGUGAUGGAAAUAACUUUCUUCACUAUGCAGCGAAAAAAUCACUCAAUUCUAAAAUAAUUCUUGCAACUAUGAAAUCAUUGGAAGCCCUUCAUGGAGAUUUGUCCCCGUUAGCAAUUCAACAGAAUUCAUCUGGAAAUACUCCAUUCCAUGUUGCAAUCGAGCAUGGGUCGUUGGGGAUCGCAGACCUUCUUUUAUCCAUGAACAAAGAUCUCUUGGACUCUCAAAACAAGGAUGGAGAAACGCCUCUUGGAGUCGCAUUCAGAGUUGGGAACGAUCAGCUAACUGCCAUGCUCUUGAGUCUUUCAUCAACUUAUCCGCCCGAUCUUCUCCUUCGCAUCGUUGAAAGCAACAUGCACGUUCUAUUAGAGCAACUCUACAAAGCAACGGAUCCAAAGGGAAAUAGUUCGAGUGUGUUGGGAUACUCAUUUCAACGGUCGUCUUUGGAAAAGAUCAGGCAACUGAUAAGCGUCUACAACGAGAAUGAGCUCAUCCAUAAUUGUAUCAAAAAAGGAAGAAUUGAAUUAAUUAGAAUAUUCCUUUCGUUAAAAAAUAUUGAUCUAACGCUUCUUGAUAAAGAGGAGUUCGAUACUCCUCUGAUGUUGUCCCUGAAAUCUGAGUUCUACAGGGCAGAUAUAGUGCGUCAACUGCUCGACUGGCUGGUGUUUAAGAAACAAAUGUGUGAUUCGGUCGGUCAAGUGAAGUCGCGGAAUAGCACGGACGAUCUACCAAUAUGGAGCGUCUACGUGACUGGAAUACUCAAUAGACCGAAUAGCAAGAGGCUCACACCUCUAAUGCAAUUAUUUCAUUGUUCAGCCAUGGGAGAUGAAAUGGUGGCGCCGUGUAUUCAACAGCUACUCAAUCUUGGUGCUGACCCAACGCUUUUUGACGAAAAGGGAAAUACGGCGCUAGCAAUGGCUGUGUGUCAGGGAAAUGUGAGGGCUGUUGAAUUAUUAAGAAUAGCAGGAGCGUCGGCAACUGUGGUGAAUCAAGACGGCAUAAGCGCAGCAGAUAUCGCACUGGAACAACAAGAUGAGGAAUUAGUUGAUGCUGUUACAGCCGAUAUCGAUGUUCUGCUAAAGCGUCAAAAAAGAUGA